CCUCUACUAGAAUUGUCGCGGGGGACUUUUUUAGGAUUCCCCUUGAGCUUCCUCGGUCGCGAAGCGGAGGUAAGAAAUCUCCCUUCCACAACCCAGCAAGUUUAUAUCCCGACUGGCUGGGUGCCGACGAGUCACAGCCACGAUGGAGCCGACUCAGGUGGGCUGCAAUAGCAGAUGGGAGGAGACCGACGAGGAGGAGGAGGAGGAAGAGGUGGAGAACAUGAUGAGGUGGUUCGAGGACGUGACGGGGAGGGUGGGCACUGUCCAGAUCGAGACCCUCCGGCGUAUUCUCGAGUCCAACUGGGGGGUCGAGUACCUCGACAGGUGGUUCGGGCCCGGAAUUCGGAUCGAGGAGGUCGAACCGACCGCAUUGGAGUCCCUCUACACGUCUCUAGUCCCUCUUGCCUCCCAUGCAAAUUUUGAGCAUUACUUCCAGAGGAUUGCUGAUGGAGACAGAGCUCCUAUUCUCACUCGACAGCCCAUUGAACUUCUCUCCUUGAGUUCUGGAACCACGGAGGGAAGGCAGAAAUUUGUUCCGUUCACUUGGCACAGUGCGCGGACGACCCUCCAGACCUUCCGGUUAGCUGCCGCCUAUCGAUCGAGGGUGUAUCCGAUAAGGGAAGGAGGGAGGAUCCUCGAGUUCAUAUACGGCAGCAAGCAGUUCAAGACAAAGGGCGGCCUGACGGCGGGAACCGCCACCACUCAUUACUACUCGAGCGAGGAGUUCAAGAUCAAGCAGAUGAGGACAAAGUCGUUCACCUGCAGCCCCGAGGCGGUGAUCUCGGGCGGCGACUACAGGCAGUCGACCUACUGCCACCUCCUCCUCGGCCUCCUCUUCUCCGAGAACAUUGAGUUCAUCACCUCUACGUUCGCAUACACCAUUGUCCAGGCAUUCCGGGCCUUGGAGGAGCAAUGGAGGGAUGUCGUCAGGGACCUCGGGGAUGGGUCCCUCAGCCAGACGAUCACCGUGGGGCCAAUGCGGGCCUCAGUGCUGGAGAUCCUCGGCUCGCCAAGGCCGGCCCUGGCAAAGGCCAUUGAGGCCAAGUGCGAGGAACUAGCUGGCCGGGAUUGGACCGGGCUAGUCCCCACCCUCUGGCCCAAUGCGAAGUACAUAUAUUCCAUCAUGACGGGCUCGAUGCAGCACUACCUCACGAAGCUGAGGCACUACAGCGGAGAUCUCCCAUUAGUUAGCGCGGACUAUGGUUCGACAGAGAGCUGGAUCGGGGUGAAUAUUGACUCCGCUGCACCGCCUGAGAAGGUGACCUUCGCAGUGGUCCCCACUUUCUCGUACUUCGAGUUCAUACCGCUCCACCGGCAGAGGAGCAGCCACGGUCAAAACGGAUGCAGGUUUGCCGCCCCGGUCGACGACUUUGUGGAGGGGGAGCCGGUGCCUCUGUCGAGGGUCCGGGUGGGGCAAGAGUAUGAGGUUGUCCUCACCACUUUCACCGGACUAUACAGGUACAGACUGGGCGACGUGGUGGAAGUGGUAGGUUUCCACAACGGGACGCCCAAGCUCAGCUUCAUAUGCCGGAGGAAGCUGAUCCUGACCAUAAACAUCGACAAAAAUACGGAGAAGGACCUGCAGCUCGUGGUCGACAAAGGGUCAGAGCGACUGAGGAAGGCCCGGGGGGAGCUUGUGGACUUCACGAGCCACGCUGACGUGGGGAAACAGCCGGGCCACUACGUCAUCUACUGGGAGAUCCGUGGGGAUGUGGACGAGGACGUCCUGAGGGAGUGCUGCCGGGAGAUGGACAACUCGUUUGCGGAUCAUGGGUACGUGGUGUCAAGGAAGUCGAACUCGAUCGGGCCGUUGGAGCUGAGGAUUGUGGAGAGCGGGACGUUUAAGAAGAUUUUGGACUACUUCAUAGCUAAUGGGGCCGGGCUGAGCCAGUUUAAGACACCUAGGUGUACUAACGACCCUGUCCUGUUGAGCAUCCUUAAUGUUUGCACCAUUAAUAGGUUUCACAGCACAGCUUACACGGCCGACUAGGAAAGAAGAUGACGAUACAGAGAAAAUGAAAGGUUUAUGGUUGACGGGAACAUCUUCAACAUGAGGUUUUGUUACCGAUUCAUAGGCGUCAUGACGACGAUGACAAUGACAAGUGACAUACUGUACUGAUGACCCGGUUAUCAUAUCAAUUGGAUUUGUUGUGCUUUCAUCUGUCAAUCAAAAAAUAAGUGAAGGUUGUGAUUGA